UUUCUUGGCUCUUAAAACAUUUCAGUGAGUGUCAUUCAAAUUUGGACCAUUUUUAAGCUUGACCUUUGACAAAGCUUUGUAAAAUCUGGUGAGGGUGCUUUAAUAGCAGGCAGAAGAGAGGACUACUUUGAAGUUUGAAAACUUAGAAAAAUAGUAAGAUAUUUUAAGGCUACCAGUGUCCUUUAUAGAUGCAAAGUGAAGUUAAGAGGAGAGGAGCUUAGGGAGAAUGGGACUUAUUUCAAGGAAAAAAAAAUAUCUGUCAAGGCCUUUAAAACAAGCCAAUGGAGACAAGGUGGUAAAUGGAGGAGAAACUAUGAUUCUUUGAGCAAGUUAGUCCUGAAAACAUGCUUCUCGGUGCUCUUGGCUGGGUGUUUUUCAUUGGAGCCUGUGAGUUUUAAAUAGUAAGGAAUUCAAGUAAUUGCAGGAAGUGUGUUGGGGGGGGAGUGGUUGAGCAUUGGUGAAUGGGGAGCAAGUUCACAGUUUGGCUCUUGGGCCAUCAGAGGAAGGGGAGUGUGCGUGUCCCCCGCUGGACCAGGCUUGUAUGGCAGACUUACUUACGAGCAGCGACUUGAGAGAGUUCAUGAAUGGAAGUCACAGAGACCGGGCAACUGCAGCCACCCCGCAGACAUUUCUUAAAGGGGAGAGUUGAGAGCCUUUUUCCCAGUGUAUUUCUGGUAGCAGUUUGAUUCUCUUGCUUGCAUUUCAAUUCCCAUAAUUGGUAGCUUCAGAAAUGGCUUUGGCAGACAAUUUGCUUUAAAAGGUGGCCACCUAAUUCCAAAAUGCCCUGGUUAUUUUAGGAGCCCUAAUCCUUUCCCUCCGGAGCUCUUUCGCAGGAGUUCUUCUUCUGGACGGGUCCAGGAGGAGAAGCGCUACAAAGCAGCCACUGUGCUUACUGAACGGCCUCCCCCUGUAUCGCUUAAUUGAGAAGGUAUACAAAUGCUCUCAGUCCAGCCAGACACCAAGCCGAAAGGUUGUGCUGGCUGCAACCGAAAGAUCAAGGACCGGUAUCUUCUAAAGGCACUGGACAAAUACUGGCAUGAAGACUGCCUGAAGUGUGCGUGCUGUGACUGUCGCUUGGGAGAGGUGGGCUCCACCCUGUACACUAAAGCUAAUCUUAUCCUUUGUCGCAGAGACUAUCUGAGGCUCUUCGGUGUAACGGGAAACUGUGCUGCCUGUAGUAAGCUCAUCCCUGCCUUUGAGAUGGUGAUGCGUGCCAAGGACAAUGUUUACCACCUGGACUGCUUUGCAUGUCAGCUUUGUAAUCAGAGAUUUUGUGUUGGAGACAAAUUUUUCCUAAAGAAUAACAUGAUCCUUUGCCAGACGGACUACGAGGAAGGUUUAAUGAAAGAAGGUUAUGCGCCCCAGGUUCGCUGAUCUAUCAACAUCACCCCAUUAAGAAUACAAAGCACUACAUUCUUUUAUCUUUUUUGCUCCACGUGUAUAUAAGAAUCGACACAGGAACCUACUGAAUAGCGUAGAUAUAGGGAAGCAGGAUGGUUAUAUGGAAUAAAAGGCGGACUGCAUCUGUAUGUAGUGAAAUUGCCCCCGUUCAGAGUUGAAUGUUUAUUAUUAAAGAAAAAAGUAAUGUACAUAUUGCUGGAUUUUUUUGCUUGCUAUUCGUUUUUGUGUCACUUGGCAUGAGAUGUUUAUUUUGGACUAUUGUAUAUAAUGUAUUGUAAUAUUGAAGCACAAAUGUAAUACAGUUUUAUUGUGUUACCAUUUGUGUUCUGUUUGCUUCUUUGUAUUGUUGCAUUUAGUACAAUCAGUGUUUAAACUUACUGUAUAUUUAUGCUUUCUGUAUCUACCAGCUAUUUUAAAUGAGCUGUAACUUUCUAGUAAAGAACUGAAGAGCAAAUCUCACUAAUGAUACACAGAUAGAUAAAACGAGUCUAUCAACAUUAAAAAUACUAAACAAUAAAGACACACACAAAGCAUUUUAGUGACAUCCACUACUUAUUGCCACUAUGAUUUAGAGUCUAUCAGUGUUCUUGUUAUAACCCCCUAUUUUCAGGGGGUUAAAAAUCAGCUUUAAAAAAUGCAUACAAAUUUCAUCUUAAAGCACUUUCGUUUUAUACCAACGUGAAAAGUGCCAUUUUUAGAAUAACUUUAAAGCUUAACAGUUAUCCUUUUAAUAUCCUUUUUUUGUGCUCUCUACCUACACAACGGCUUUGUUUUGCUUUUUCAGUCACACCCCUUAUGUGAACUAGUGCCUUUGGGUAUCGUGUAAAAAUUUUCCAAAGGGUUACUUUUAAAAAGUGUUACCACAAUUAUGAGAUAAUUUUAAAAUGAUAAAGUAAAUUUCUUAUAUAAAUUUUGCCCAGAUCUCUCCAUAAGAGCUAAGGGCUUAAUAAAUUUAUGGCACUGAAAAGAUUUGAGUGUGAAUCUACUGAAAUCAUGGUAAUGCACAUUGAAGUAUGAUGGUAUCGAGUAGUGAAGUUACUUUUGAGCACAGCAACAUAAUGCUCAUAGAAUCUUCUAGAAGAAGAGAAACAAAGGGAUUGAUAAAAAGCUGAGAAUUGGUGAUUAUAUAUUUUUCUGUAUUUCCCUGCCAUUUAUUUUAAUGUUUAAAAAGUGAAUGCUUUAAGUUUAAUGUGUCUUACUUUACUCAUUGCUUUAGGGAAUUACCAACUCAGAAUACAUUACACACAGGCUGAAAUCGGCCACUCCAUUUCUUAAAAGGUGAAAUAUGCCCUUACCUACAUGAUAGCAGAUAAAGAAGAAAGCUCUAGAAACAGAAAUUAUGGAGAAUGAUUAUUUAAAUUACAAUUAAGGAAAUAAAAAUGAGAAUAAUAUCUCCUCUUCUGAGUUGCUUACACUUUGAUUCUUUGCUUCUGCUCCCUGUAAUAGAACUACUUUUUCAACAAAUCUAAUUCUGCGCAGGCACAACAAUAAACCAUGUUUUUACCAUAGCAAACAGUGCUAUGGGGUUUCUUUUUUUUUUUUUUUUCUUGAUCACUUGUACAGAAAACAAUAUUUCUCACUGUUAUUUACAUACAUAUUUUUUCCUGCCAAUAUAUACAUUACAGAAAAUUAAAUGUUAAACCUGAAUUUUUGGUUUGGGGCCAAAGUAUUAAGCUGAAAAUAAUGCUGGUGUGGAUUUGAGUUGUUUUGAAACAAAGCUUUAUUAUGAACAUGCAUGUGAAUCUGGAUAUUGCCUCUUAUUUUUGAGAAAAUGGUUCUGUGAAAAGUGACUGAUAUGUAUUUUUACAAAUGCUUCAUGGUUAAGAGUGUUCACGUCACAUGUCCCCCAAAUUUAAAAUAUAUUGAAGAAAGAAUUUCAAAUAUAGCUAUUUGGGUCUCACAGAAUAACUGUUACUUUAGCCUUUGAGCCUUACAUUUGUUUCACAAAAAACUUGUAUAGCCAAAAACCAAUAAAGCAAGACAAAAUAAAAAUGGGAGGGGGUGAGAUAAGUGAGAAGUGGUUUUCAUAAUGCAGCCCUGCUAGACUCUUAUUAACAGUUGUUUGAAAUUCACGUGGAUGUAAAAUUUUAAUUGUCAGUAUCUUUUUCAAAUGAUCGUCUUUAGAUUUAAAUGGUUUUCAUAUGUUUAUUGAUAUGUCAAAAUACUUGUAAAUUGGGAACAAACUUCUCUCAACUUCUUGAAGCUGUUCAACUAUCCUUGCCACCCAAAGACCAAACAAGAAUUUCACUACUUUUUCUUUUACUUAAUACUUUGGGAAUUAACUCUUACUCUUUUUACUACAAACAAAAUUACUCCCCUGAAUUAGAGAUUAAGGCCUUAAUCUGUUUAGAUUAUCUUUAAUCUCUAUGAAGUUGUGAAACAAGACAGGAAUAAUUUCAGCUGUAGGUCAUUUUUACAGCAAAUUGUCCAUCAACAGUAGCAUUUUUGACCUGAAGUACUGAACUAAUUUUGACUACUCAAAGCCCUGGAAUUGUUGUCAACUUUCCUCUUUGUGUUGUGUAGCCCUGACAUCCUUUAGCUUGUUAUCUGAUGCUUCCAAUAGGACACCUCCGAUAUAGCUUUGAUUUCUCAAGCAGUGAAAGCUCGCUUACCUAACAUGCAUCUCACAGGCUACCUGUGGUGAAGGACCAGGCACUCCCACUACACCAAGUGCUGAUUGAGUUUAAAAGCUGACCUGUGUUUGUAAUUUCACUUUCAUCUUGCUUAAUAAAUAUCUGCUGAAUUCUUUCAUUUUUUA